AUGAACCUAAAGACAGGUUUCGGCUUCCUGUGCCAUGCGGCAAUUCUCGCUGCGGCCAGUCUGUCGAGCAGGACUAACUCGAUCGAAAAAAAAUGCCCCGAGUUUGCCGCCUCCUUAUCGGACCUCCCCACAGGUAGCAGCGUCUCGGAGUCCACGUUCGUUCCAGCCAACUCUGUUAUCAUAGACGGAACCAACAACAGUCUGGCCUUUUGCCGCAUCUACGGCAAAGUCGCCUAUCCAGGCAACAACACGGUCAACUUUCAGCUGUGGCUGCCGUCUAAAGAUGAUCAUAAUGGAGAUUUCCUCGUUGUAGGAAAUGGCGGCUUUGGUGGCGACAUGAUGGAGGACUGGAUGAUGCAGCAUCUGCAUCUCGGCUUUGCCAUCGCUGCCGGGGAUGCUGGUCACUGUGUAACAGACAACGGUGGAGAAAGAACCGGGCGUCCGGGGCUCGAGCUGCCGUUCAUGCAUGAUCCCGAUCAGCUCCUCGCCUGGAUCAGAAAUGGCGUCGCCGCCAUGACGCCAACAGCACGACACUUAGCCGACGCCUUCUACUCGCCGCUGGUCACGAAAAAGGCUCUCUUCUAUGGAUGCUCCACCGGCGGCGCGCAGGCAUAUGCGCUCGCACAAUUCCACCCGGGGCUCUUUGACGGCAUCGUCGCGUCCUGCGCACUAGAUUCCUUCUCCCGCCUCAUGAUCGCGUUUCUGUGGAGCCGCGACAAGACUAAAGGCAGGGCCGAGUUGUCUCUGGACACGCUGAGGAUGAUCAGGCGUGAGGUGCUGGACAGGUGCGAUGCCCUGGACGGCGUAGUCGACGGCGUCGUGGAGAAUCCGCUGGCCUGCGACUUUGACUAUCGUUCGCUCGCCUGCGCCGACCCCCAGGGUCCUCCGGGUCCUCCGGUCCGCUGUUUGACCCGGGCUCAGAUGAAGGCAGUUGAGGCGUUCUCCCAAGGGCCCCGAGACGCUCGCACCAACGCCACCAUCUACCCGGGAUUUCCUCUCUCGACCGAGACGGAAUGGGAUCUCCAACCGGCCUUGCUGGUAAACCAGUUUGCCACACCGCUCAUGCAGAAUCUAGUCUUCAGGAAUCUCACAUGGAACCCCGACAUGUUUGAUUUCGGCCAAGACCUUGACCGGGUCGAACGCGAGGCGGGUGUCUUUAUCGAUGCCAGCAGUCCCGACCUGUCAGCCUUUCGCGAGGCCGGCGGCAAGAUGAUUGCCAUCCAAAGCUGGGCCGACCCGAUGGUAGGAGCGAUGCAUGCGAUCGACAGAUUAAAGGCAGUCGAGGAGAAGGUUGGAAACGACCAGGUAGUCGGCGACUUCUUGAGGCUGUUCAUGGUGCCCGGUGGUGGACACUGCACCUCGGCCAGGUCCUACCCCCAGGUGCCGGGGAAAUGGCACUCCAUCGAGGCUCUGGCGGCCUGGGUCAAUUCGGGAACGCCGACCGAGGAGAUAUUAGGCACCGACCCUGCAGACACAGACAAAAAGAACAAGACUAUCAAGCUGUGUCCAUGGCCAAAAACGGCCAAGUUUCUCGGGGGCAACUCAGAUGAUUGGACCUCUUUCAAGUGCGAAUAG